AUGGAAGCAAAGCUCAAGACAGGGGACUCCACUCCCUCGGAACGAGCCGAGCCGAGUCAUUACUACUCUGAUCAAGUCGUCCAGGCCAUAAGUUUCCCUCUUAGCACAAGCUGUAGCCACUGUUCCAAGCACAAGACCAAGUGUGACGGCAAGAGAAAAGGAUGCCAGCGGUAUCAAUUAUAUCGCACCGUACAACCUCGCUAUAGCCGGCCGCUUAGGGAGCAAUUUCGAACAGCAGAGAAUAGCGGGGUCUACGAUCCCGCUGCUGGCGUCUCGAAGCAAUAUCGACCAGUCGCGAAUCAUCCGCGUCCUCCAACCAACGACCUCUCUUCACAUCCGAAAAUAACACGCCAGCCACCACCUGCAUUUAAGGAUGAGGCUAUCGCUUAUUUCCUACGAGAAGACUGCGUCCAGCUAGGGAUGAAUGGCUUUGGAGGGCAUCUCGAUUCUCUGCAGGGCAUGUACCAGUCUUCUCCUCACGACUCGUGUCUCCGAAAGACCACUAUCGCCGCCGCUUCCUUGUGUCUGUCACGCCACUAUAAGUCGUCCAGACUCUAUUCCAUGGCGUGUGGCUACUACAAUACCGCGGUGCGGGCGAUCAACAGAAAUCUAACUUCUACAUCGAGGAGCUUCAACGACGAGACGCUCAUGUCGAUACUGUUACUGGGUAUGAUUGAGGACAUUGAUUCCCACAGUCUUGUUAAGAAGUCAUACCACAUGCUUGGUAUUGCCAGAAUUUACGAAAUCGCUGGCCAACGACUGCUCAAUAACAUCCAUAAGAGUAAGAUUGAUGGCAUAAUCUUCUCAGACUUGCAAAUUCCAUCGCUUACCGCAGAUAAAGCCCUCGACUGCUUGGCGAUUCCCCACACCGGCCUAGACACGCACAACUUUUACAUUCGUCUUUCACUUGUUGCUACACGUAUUGGCCACUUCCAUCGUCGGGCGAAGCAGUUCUCAUCGUCGGGGGUACCGGAAAAAUGCCCCACUCUGCAGCGUAAGAAGCUUCUUUCGGUCAUACAGGAGGCCAUGAAGAUACAAUCUGAUAUGGUCGAAGUUGCCGGCGCACUACCGCCCGAAUGGAGGACCUGGCAGAGAGAAGAUACGCGACUGGUCCGUAACAAAGGCUCAGCAACUACCUCCAGUUUCUUGUCAUGUUGUCGCACUCUUGUGCGGGUCGACUAUCGCAGCAAGCAGCCAACACCAGAGACGCACCUAGCCGAGACGUCAAUGCCGUUGGCUGAAGCCCAAAUCAAAAGAUUGAUCACGUCAAUCUGUACUCUCCUGCCGUACCUUAUGGGCGAAACUGAUGAGUGGGGUAAUCCACUCACCAUAUUGGAGCAGAAGGCCAUUGUCAUGCAUCGCCUUAUCUGGCCACUUGCUAUCAUCAUUGCAAGUCCACAAAGCACCCUUCAACAAGUCCAAGAUUGUCGAGAAAGACUGAACUGGAUUCGGGAUCGGUCAGGAGGAAUCAGUGAUAGCGCAAGUGUUAAGUGGGUAGUUGAGUCGGACGAUUGUGCACUUUCGGCCCCUGGAGACGGAAUCGAAAAUGUAGCGACAGCAGCCCAAGAUGUUAUUUCAUUUGAUAUUAGUGCCUAUAACCAGGCCAUACCGGGCUCGCGGGCUUGCCAGCAUCAGAAUAGAUGCAGAAGGUAA